AUGCCUACCAGCUGGAGUGCUUACUUCGAUGAAACAGAUCUGGAAGAUUACCAUUUUCUGGAUUUUUACGAGUACCGUUCGAAGCAAGCUGACUUUACUUUCUCUUUUAUGAAAGAGGCAUAUAAGUUGCAGAUGGAUCUUGAUCUUAUCGCGAAAGAUGGCUCAAAGGAAAUGAAGGAAAAUGUUGUAAACCUUAUGGAUGGAAUGUCCAUUGUACUUAGUAUACUAAUUCUGUGUGGACUAGUUGAGGGUACUAGCUUGUUGAUAAGCACCUCUGUAGAGGCCCUUAAAACUGCAAUUGGAAAUAUUAAUUAUACCACUGGAAAUAUUAAUAAUAUGUUGAAAUUACCAGGAAAUCAGAUCGAUAACUCAACGCCUGGAUCAAUAAUUGGACGCAAGCGAGCUUGUGAAAAUGAAGAAUUACCAUAA